AUGAUACACAGCAGUAGCACCCAACGGACAGGGAGCAAGGGCAACCGUUACUACACAGACCACUUAGACAGCUCAGUGGUUGUGGAGACUGUCAAAUCCGUCACUGUCAGUGAAGAAGGCUGGGAGGUGGUGUACUGUCAGAGGUCGACGUUGCUCCGAUUUGUGCACGAUUCCAACCAGUGGAAGGAGAGAGCUGUGGGAGACAUGAAGAUCCUCAAACAAGAUGACAAAUAUCGAAUGCUGAUGAGGCGAGAUCAAGUACAUAAAGUGGCCUGUAAUCAUCUGAUAGCUCCCAACAUGAUCCUGUCUCCCAUGGCAACAUCAGAGACAGCCUGGUGCUGGACUGCUCAAGACUAUGCUGAAAACGAGGCAAAGAUUGAACAGUUUGCCCUCAGGUUCAAGACGGAAGAGCUGGCCAGACAGUUCAAGAAGAAGAUUGAAGAGGUUCAGGAGCAGGUCAGACAAACAGAAGCUGCAGCCCCAGCUAAGAAUGCCAACAACUCGGCAACUGAAUCCAAAAGUCAGGAUGUCUCUGUGACAGAGGAAGAAAGCAUUGUGUUUGAGAAGAGAGCUACGUUGACAUAUUUGGAGAAUGAUGAGUUGAAGAAACUUGGAAUGGGCAACCUGAAGAUCCUGUACAUUAAAGAUCUGAAUGGAAACCAAAUUGACAUGGACACAGAUGACAAACUGAAAAUCUGCAACCAUAUCAUUUGCCAGGAACACUCAAUAAGACUAGAGAUGCCGAAGAGAGCAUGUAUGUGGAGUGCCCAAGACUUCUCAACAGACGAGCCGGUCAGGAGGAACUUCAAGGCAUCUUUCAGCUCAGUAGCUGCUGCAGAGGAGUUUGCUAAAUCUUUUAUGGAGGGUGUGAGCUUGGCCCGAGAUUCUGAGUUGUCCGAUCAGACUUCACAUGAAAUGGAUACCCCAGUUAUAUUUUCUCAUGGUGAUGCUACAGGAGGUCAAUCCCGAAUCCUUGUUUGUCAAUCCGAAGCAAGCUCUGCAACCUCAAUGGGUGGCAGUAGCCAAUGUGAGACGAGGAUACAGCCAGGUUAUUGUGAGGGCAGCGAAUCAGCAGCCUCAUCACAAACAGGGGAGGGUGUGUCAGCCACUGAUGCUACCUCUGUUGUUUCAUGUUCGCCUGAGCUGUCUGCUCUCUUAAGUUCAUUCUUAGAGGAAGACCAGAAAAGAUGAAGAAAUAGGAAAGUGGAAUAUGUGUGUGCUAAAUGGAUUCAUAAUUCUGGACUAUAAAUGAAAGAUGUUUCUUGAUGUUUGACAACCUGGUGAAAAAGUUGGUUUUUAGUUUCAGAGCAACUCGUGUACAUACUUAGUUGCUACGCAGUAAUGACAAAUCAUGACAUGUGGUGCCUGCGUCCAUAACUGUGUGUGGAAUGUUUUGAAACUGAACAUGCAGGUACUUUGCCCUUACUGUACAUGCUAAAAAGGAUAAUUAUUUAAGAAUUAUUUACAUCUCUCAGUGUUAUUACAUCAGUGUCUCAAAUGUAAUGUCCCCACAUGGGCACAAAGUAUGAAGCCCAUUUCUGGUGUCCCCCCACCAUGAUAUUGCUGGAAUAUUGCUAAAAGUGGCGUAAAACUAAAAACACCCUCAAAUAUAGAUAAGCAAGAUGUAGUAUUUCAAAUAGAUUCAUUUGUCUUUUAAUAGUUUCGUUCAUUGUCCUUAAAAGAUACAUAGUGCUAGUUCAAGAAUGGUAUAUCUGGCUAAACGUUUGAAUUUGAUACAUAGAAUUAUUGGAAAUUACUGUAAAUAUCGGGUCACCAUCCUUAUUAACAUUUGUACUGCUUUGAAAGAACAUUGUUGUAAAUACAUGAAUAAACAUCCCUGUUGUUACUGUU